UAAGCAAGGAGGCUGACCAAGCUCUGGGCGGUUGAAGGAGGAAGGGGCUCCCCUUAGGGUAAGAGAGCGGCGAGAGGCGGGGCUGCAGGAGACGGGGGAGUCCCUCCCUGGGCUGUGCACCAGGGGGAGGGAAAGAAGGAGAGGUAGAGGAGUGGGAACUGGCCGAGGCAGCAGCAGCCGCUGCAGCAGCUGCAGACACUCUUCCUCCAGCUGCGAAUUGGGCAGCCCUGAUCACCCUUCUCAUACCCCACUUAUACCCAUCGCCGGCUUCACAAGCAAGCGAGGCCCCGAUCUGCCGCCUGAGGAAAAAAAGAGAAGUUUCUGACUCUCCAAAGGCAGUUAGAGACUGGUGCAAACCAGGGUCUCGGCCCCAUCCCUAGCUGCUCUGCUCCCCGCCCCCACGUCCGUGGGCUCCUUGGCUGGCGAGCCGGGGCACCCAGGAGGAGGAGGGAGACUGGAGUGGGGGCUCGCUUGCGGCUGGAGAUGAAGCCCUGCAAAGAAGAGGAGGAGGCUGCGGCGGCGCAGGCGGCUGCGGGGGAUGGCAGAAGCGGCGGUGCAGACCCCUGGAAGGAGUGUGCAGAGGUGGCGGUGCAGCUGGCGCUCCGGGCGGGACAGAUCAUCAAAAAAGCCCUUACUGAGGAAAAACGUGUGUCCACAAAAACAUCAGCUGCAGAUCUUGUGACAGAAACAGAUCAUCUUGUGGAAGAUUUAAUUAUUUCUGAACUAAGGAAGAAGUUCCCUUCCCAUAGGUUCAUUGCAGAAGAAUCUACUGCUGCUGGAGAAAAGUGUGUCCUCACAGAUAGCCCUACCUGGAUCAUUGACCCUAUUGAUGGUACUUGCAACUUUGUACACAGAUUUCCAACAGUGGCAGUUAGCAUUGGAUUUGCUGUUAAUCGAGAGCUUGAAUUUGGAGUGAUUUACCACUGCACUGAAGAACGAUUAUACACUGGCAGACGGGGUCAGGGGGCCUUUUGUAAUGAACAAAGGCUUCGAGUAUCCAGAGAGACAGAUCUCUCAAAGGCUUUGGUUUUAACAGAAAUUGGUCCAAAGCGUGAUCCUGACACUCUGAAAUUGUUCUUCAGUAACAUGGAGAGGUUACUCCAUGCCAAAGCUCAUGGGGUACGUGUGAUUGGAAGCUCUACCUUGGCUUUGUGCCACCUAGCCUCUGGUGCGGCAGAUGCAUAUUAUCAAUUUGGCUUGCAUUGUUGGGAUCUAGCGGCUGCCACUGUCAUAAUUAGGGAAGCAGGUGGUAUUGUGAUAGACACUUCAGGGGGGCCUCUUGACCUCAUGUCAUGUAGAGUGGUUGCUGCAGGUACCAGAGAAAUGGCUAUGCUCAUAGCUCAAGCAAUACAGACUAUUAACUAUGGGCGUGAUGAUGAGAAGUGACCAAAGGAAGGAAGGAAGUACUGCUGUGUACAACCAUGAGCCUGCCUUUCUGGAAAUGUAGUACUUCAAGAUGGCUUUCUGGAAGGAUAGAAGACCUUUAACAGCUUGCUUUCAGUGUCCAAUGUUUAUUGUUCCUAACUACCCUCAGGGUGGGACUUGGGGCGGGUGGUUCAACUAAAGUGUGUGCCCUCCCUGCUUUAAUCCACAUAUCUUUCACCAGGGUUUGGUGUUUGGUUUGUAUACUGGUUGGUUUCUUUCUAAAAAUACAAUCACAGUUCAAAAGGAGUUCUGAAUGUUGGUGGAGGGGGGGAGGGAAGAAGUAGGGGGAGCUGACACCUAAUUCUUCUGUGACAUAUGCAACAAUAAUUAAAUUUCUAUUUUUUUUAAUAAUGCAGAUCUCAGGUAAUAAAGCAUAGAACUGCAGAUAAAUCAGUUAUGUUUGUGCCUACAGUUCUCUGUUACAUGGUACUUGAGAAUACAAUAAAGCAAAAUAAUGGGACUGUUCUCCUUUAAAAAUGUCACGACUUUAGAAGCAUUUUAGGUGCCUCCCAGAAGGACCAACAAAAAUCUAUUAAUAGACACCUGUGUAUACCCUUUAGAAAGGGAUGUAUAUUAAAACUGUUAGCAGUAUGCUGUGGAUUAAGAUACUUUUCCCCCACUUUGGGUCUCAUUUUUAUCAUCUGUAAAAGAAGUCUGACUAGAGUGAGACUUAUUAGCCUUUUUUGUGUCCUCAACCCGUUUGAC